GAUCCUGAGUUCAGUAAUGCUGACCAGAUGGAUCUGUACGACGACGUGUUAGCCGCCAGCUCGCAGCCCAGCGAGUCCCGCACCAGCACCUCGGAGGCACCCCCAGAAAUCCGACAGGAACCAUCUCCCAAACCCAACAGCAAACCCCCCGCCAUCCUCUACACCUACAGCGGGCUGCGCAACAAGAGAGCCGCCGUCUACGUGGGCAGCUUCUCCUGGUGGACGACUGACCAGCAGCUGAUCCAAACCAUCCGCUCGGUCGGUGUCUACGACGUCGUGGAACUGAAGUUUGCAGAGAACCGAGCCAAUGGCCAGUCAAAAGGGUACGCAGAGGUGGUGGUGGCCUCUGAGAACUCAGUUCACAAACUGCUGGAGCUUCUACCUGGCAAAAUCCUCAACGGGGACAAGAUGGAGGUGAGGUUGGCAACCCGGCAGAACCUCUCACAGUUUGAGGCACAGGCUCGGAAACGUGAACGUG